AUGAGCGAGAACAAGCUGAAGGCAACAGUGGCGAGUAUCCUGAUUUUUGCGGUAAUUGAGCUUGUGGCCUUUAUCGGAUUGCUGGUGCUAUUCAAGCGCAAAUUUGGGUACUCGCCUCUGCACCAACUAGCAUUUGUAUUUGAGAUGCAGUUUUGCACUGUUCAGGGACACCUGAUUAUCGCAGAUGUAAUGAAGCUGUCAACGGAAUAUCCCGCUAUCACUGGAAACUGA